AUGCUUCCGAUCAUCGGUCCGCGUCUCGCGGAGGCGAUGGAAGGGUUGAAUCCGUUCGUGAUUCCCGUCGCCGUCGCGCUCCUGGUCGUCAUCAUCGUGCAGUAUCUGAGGGCUCCCGUGUGCUCCUGGCGUUCUGUCACGCCCUCACCUCCUGCGUCAAGUGUGUGUGCCCCGUUCUCAUCAUCUGCCCCUCUCAACCCCUCCGCAUCUCCUCCUCCACCCCCUCCCCUUGAGCAGGGCUCCCGUGUGCUCCUGGAGUUCUGUCACGCCCUCAUCUCGCGCUUCAAGUGCGUACGCCCCAUCCUCAUCAUCUGCCCCUCUCCUCGCCGUGCCGCCCGCUGGUGCUCAGACAUCGUGACCUCUCUACACGUGGCUCUCUGGCACUCUCCAAGCAGACUGGUGCAGUUGUCAUUGCAGAGCGGACUCCAAUGUGCUCUGCUGCUCACCGCCCCUUCCUCCUCCCUUUCCUCCUCCGCCACCCUGCCUGCCCUUGCCACGUGGCAGUCGGUGGUUGGUCGUCUUCGACACGAAUCUCAGUGUGCUGAGGUGGCGGUGAGGAACCUGCUGGCUCAUGCAGCUAAUGACGACACGUGUGCAGCUAAUGACGACACGUGUGCAGCUAAUGACGACACGUGUGCAGCUAAUGACGACACGUGUGCAGCUAAUGACGACACGUGUGCAGCUAAUGACGACACGUGUGCAGCUAAUGACGACACGUGUGCAGCUAAUGACGACACAUGUGCAGCACUGGUGCCAGCUCCCCCGCCCCUCUCUCUGCAUUCCCGCCUUCUCGUGUGUGCGUCUUCUGGAGGCUCAGGGCAGUGGGGUCAGGAGGAAGGUGGGAGGCAGAGUGGGAGGCAGAGAGAGCAGCAGAGGGAGCAGCAGAGGGAGCAGCAGAGAGAGCAGCAGAGGGAGCAGCAGAGGGAGCAGCAGAGAGAGCAGCAGAGGGAGCAGCAGAGGGAGCAGCAGAGGGAGCAGCAGAGGAUCGAGAGUGCAGUGCGGGCAUGGGACCGUCUCACUGUGGCUGCUGCUGCUGUUGUGGCUGCAGAGGCAGCAAAAGAGAAAGCAAAGGCAGUUGAGGAGGAGGAGGAGGAAGAGGAGGAGAAGGCUGCAGCUGCAAGGGCAGCAGCAGGCAGAGGAGGAGGGGAAGCAGCAGCAGGCAGAAAAGGAGGGGAAGCAGCAGCAGGCAGAAAAGGAGGGGAAGCAGCAGCAGGGGCGCGAAUAGCAGCAGCAGCGGCGGCGGCGGCGGCGGCGGCAGAAGCGGUGGGUGCGGCGGACCUCGAAUGGACAGGAACGGGGACGGAGGGGGCGGAGGAGGGGGAGGAGGAGGAGGUGGGGGAGGAGGAGGAGGUGGAGGAGGGGGAGGAGGUGGAGGGGGGGGAGGAGGAGGAGGUGGAGGAGGGGGAGGAGGUGGAGGGGGGGGAGGAGGAGGAGGAGGAGGAGGAGGAGGUGGGGGGGGAGGAGGGGGAGGAGGGGGAGGAGGGGGAGGAGGGGGAGGAGGGGGAGGAGGAGGAGGAGGAGGAGGAGGAGGAGGAGGAGGAGGAGGAGGAGGAGGAGGAGGAGGAGGAGGAGGAGGAGGAGGAGGAGGAGGAGGAGGUGGAGGAGGUGGAGGUGGAGGAAGAGGAGGAGGUGGGGGAGGAGGGGGAGGAGGAGGAGGAGGAGGUGGAGGAGGUGGAGGAGGAGGAGGAGGUGGAGGAGGUGGAGGAGGAGGAGGUGGAGGAGGAGGAGGAGGAGGAGGAGGGAUGGGGGGGGAGAGUGGUAGUGUUGUUGAGCGGAGAAGAGCGGGAAGAGGUUGAGGGGUGGGAAGGGAGUGGGUGGAAGGGAGUGAGUGGAAGGGAGUGGGUGGAAUGGAGUGAGUGGAAGGGAGUGGGUGGAAGGGAGGGAGUGGGAGGAAAGGAGGGAGCGGGUGGACGAGAGGGGAGGAGUGGGGGGAACGGAGGGUGUGUCGAGCAUAUUUGUAUGUUUCUGUGUUAG